AUGCCUCACACCCACCGCAAAAAACACCCUCCCCCGCAAAAGCGUCUCCAAGUAACCGACGACGCAGGCUGGACGCACGUCACAACCGGCGGUCCGCGCGCGCGCCGCGUCCUCCGCACCACAAACCCAGACCAGAUCCUCCCCGCCGAAGCGCCCGCCGCGCUCACCCUGCCGGACCUCCAGACACAAUUCACCGCCCACCAGCGCCGCUGGACCGCGUCGACGACAGCGAGCGUCGUGCGCGACACUCUACGCCGCGUGCUGGGGAACCUCGGCUCGAGCUCGAGCGGCUCCGCACCCCUCAACAUCGUCUGCAUCGGGCUCGGCAGUCCGAGCGGCUUCCUGCGCGGCGGAUGGGUCGAUCGCCGCAGUGUGUCCAUGUACCAGCUUGCGGCGCUGGUUACCAUCAUCGAGGAAUGUCGCGCAUCGCACCCCUCCACCUCCACACCUACCCCCGUCUACGCGCAGGACCCCGUCUUCAAUGCCCUCGAUGAAUCGCUCCUCGACUCCCUCGGCGUCACCGUUGUCCAGCACCCCCGCGCCUUUGAUGAGAUCUCCUCCCGCACGCUCCUCUUCUGUCCGGGCGCGGAGCGCGCGCAUCUCGAGCAGCUGCUCCGCGCGGAUGACCGGACCCCGCCGGUGCUUUUUGGCGGGCCGUUGGAGGAUACCGAGUCGGAGGUUAUUGGUCAAUUUGCGCGGAUGCGGCAGUCGGUGCGGUUGCCCCGGUUUGAGGAGCAGGAACAUGCGUUCUGGGAUAUGAGGGUGUAUUAUCCUGCGGAGACGUCGGAGGAGACGUGA